UGUAAAGGAACUGUGUGCUUGUACAUGUGGGUCUUCAGUGGUUUUACGGAAAGAUGGGGAAAAGAAGGCAGAAGAAUCAAAUAUUUAACAACUUAUCCAAAAAACAGAAAAAACAUCUGAAAGAAUUUGGAGAGCAGCAUCCAUUUCACGAUAAUGUAAAUGAAAAGGUGGAAAAAACGCAGGUCGUGGAAUUGCCCGAAAGUCCAGAGCAGUCCAGUGCAGAGAGCGAUGUGGAGAGUGAGCCUGAGCAAGAGUCCGCUUAUCAGAAGCUGCUGUCCACACUGAGCACGGCUGCUGAGGAAGCCGAGGAGAGCGAGGGAGAAGACAGUGAGGGUGAGGAGGAGGAAGAAGAAGAAGGAGACUCGGAGGAUGAAGGGGGAGAGAGUGAAGAGGUGAGCGAGGAAGAGUGCGAAGGAGAGAACGAAAUAGUACAAGAGCCGGGGGAGGAUGUGGAGCGCGAGGAAGAAGAAGGCGAUGGUGAUGGGGCGGGGCCGGGGACAGCGGAGGAGUUCUUAGACAAGCAGCACGAGUCCCACUUCAGCCUGGAGACCAACUUCCUGGCGGAAGGAGAGGAAGGGAGCUCGGAGGCUGCAGUCCCGGAGAAUCGAUCUGACGCAGACCCCUUUGUGCAGCACUUCGAUACCGAGCUGACAGAGGAGGAGGUGAAGCUCAUUUCUUCAGGGACUAAGACGAGGACCCAGGCCAAGUGGCCAAGGCUGGGAACCCUGGUCUGCAGUUCUGGUCUGGAGAGGUAUGGCUCUGUGGGCCUGCCUGGUGACUUUGGCUUGCCCCAGGCUCACCUCCACGGGUCCCUGGAGAGCAACUGGGCAGAAGUGAACAAGCCCUUCUUGCCAUCGCAAGUUUCUUCAAGGGGCCUCAGCCCCCUUCAGCAGGAGCUCCUGGCCCUAAUGGCCACUUACCGGGACGUGUACUUCCCAGAAAGCUCACAUGUGAGCGAGGCUCCGGCGGUGCGCACUCUGUACUGCCUACACGCCCUGAACCACGUGCUCAAGGCCAACUCGCAGGUCCUCGCGCACAAUGCCCAGCUGAAGGGCCAGCAGCCAGGCUCUGAGCUGCAGGAGGAGCCACGCGACCAGGGUCUCACGCGCCCGAAGGUUCUGAUCCUGGUGCCAUUCCGGGAUGGAGCUCUGCGCGUCGUUCAGAUCCUCAUCAGCUUGCUGGAGAUGGCGGGAAAGAAGAUGGACAUCAGCAACAAGAAGAGGUUCAAGGACGAGUUUGGGUCGGACCCAAAAGACAGGCCCCCUAACCUCUCCAGACCGGAUGACUAUCACGCAGUCUUCUCCGGCAACGUCGAUGACCACUUCAGGAUCGGCGUGGCCAUCCUCAAGAAGAGCAUGCGUCUGUAUGCCCCCUUCUACUCCUCCGACAUCAUCAUUGCGUCCCCGCUGGGCCUGCGCACUGUGCUGGGCGCCGAGGGAGAAGCCAAGAGAGACUUUGACUUCCUUUCCUCCAUCGAGCUGUUAAUCAUUGAUCAAGCCGAUGUCUUCCUCAUGCAGAACUGGGAGCAUGUGCUGCACAUAAUGAAACACCUGAACCUGCAGCCUCAUGACUCUCAUGGGGUUGACUUCUCUCGAGUGCGGAUGUUGAACCUCAACAACUGGGCACAGUACUACAGGCAGACCUUGAUCUUUAGUGCCAUACAGGACCCCCAGAUCAACAACAUCCUUACACAGUCCUGCUUCAACUACAGGGGUCAGGUGGCGGUGAAGAAUUUGCCUAAAACUGGGUCAAUUUGCCAGGUGCUAGUGCAGCUGCCCCAUGUGUUUCAGAGGCUGCAUGCUGAUAGCUUCAUGGAUCAGGAUUCCAGGUUUCAGUUCUUCGUUGACAAGAUCCUGCCACAGUACCGGGAUGCGGUGAUGUCUCACACUCUCAUCUACGUGCCCUCGUACUUUGACUAUGUCCGUCUGCGCAACUUCCUGCGCAAAGAAGAGAUCAACUUCACCAGCAUCUGCGAGUAUUCCAAGAAAUCUGAGGUGUCUCGUGCAAGGCACUUCUUCCAAAAGGGAGAAAAGCAGUUCCUGCUCUUCACUGAGCGUUUCCAUUUCUACAAAAGGUACACCAUCAAAGGCAUCCACAACCUGAUCUUCUACGCGCUGCCCACCUACCCCCACUUCUACAGCGAAGUGUGCAACAUGCUGAAGGCCUCGAGCGGCGGGGAGGAGGCCAGCUGGACCUGCACUGUGCUCUACUCCCGCUACGACACGCAGAGGUUGGCCAUGGUGGCCGGGGCGGAGCGCGCCGCUCAGAUGCUGCAGUCUAAGAAGUCUGUGCACUUGUUCAUCACGGGGGGCGACGAAGCCCCUUGACCGGGGAUGAGCAGAGAACAGCCGCCUCAUCCAUUCGUCUCCUGGGAACUUCAGCACAGGCAGGUUGCCCGUGACCAGAGAGCUGAUACUUGUGGAAUUGAAGUGCUCCGUGUCGCACAACUGCAGUGGUUUCUGAUCUUUAUGAAACCCAGAAGGAUCAGAGCUGUUUUCCAUCUUCUUCACUGCACACUUAGAUGCUUAAUUCCGUAAGGAUUAAAUUAUGCUGAAAAUUUUUUUUCUUUUAAGGCUUUUAAGGAGACCGUUUUGUUUCGCCGUAUAUAAAAACAUUAAAACCUAAAAGACUUGUUGAAUGGGCAAAAGAAAUGACCAUUAAACCAAAAAUGUUCAAAA